AUGGAGCGGCAGCAGGAGCUGAAGGUGCUGCUGAAGCGCUGGGAAGCGGAAUUCCUGCGGGAACGGCGGCGGAAACCCAACCAGGCCGACAUCGAGGAGGCCCCGCCCGAAACGCGCCAGCUCUACCAGGAAUACCGGAAGCUGAAAACGUCGGGAAAAACUUCGGGAUCCCAGGAAAAAACGGGAUCCCAGGAAAUCCCAAAAGCUGAGCAGGUGGAGGAUUCAGGAUUUUGGGGAUCCCACCUGAACCGGGCUCCGAAAAUUCCUGGGAAAAGUCGGAGCGAGAAUCCCAGGCUGGGAAUUUCAUCAGAAUUUUAUGGGAUGAAACUCAAAGCCAAACUGGGAACGAUUGGGAAGGAACCCCCCAUGAACCCUCGGAGGAUCCCAAAUCCCAGAAGAAUCCCAAAAACUCCCCGAUCCCAAAAAACCCCGGAGCGCGCGUCCGAAACGUCGGCGUCGCUGAACGAGGAAAAAUGGGAAAAUCCCGAAAAAUCCCAAAAUCCCGAAGAAUUCCGAGACGUCGUCGUUCCUUCGCUGCCGGGACGGCGAACUCUCAAAUUCCCCGUGGGAGCAAAUCCCAAAUUUUCUCCCGGUCCCGAAAAAUUCCGACUGAUGAAGGAGAAGUUGGCGCAAACUUUGGGAUCUUUGGAUCCCGCUUGGAUCCAGAGGUGCCAAGAAUUCCCGGAAAAAUCGGAAUUCCCCGCGGGGAAAGUGGAAACGGCGACCGAAUCCGUCGGGAAUUCCGUCGGGAAAAGGCCCCGGGAAGGGGGAGGAAGCGCGGAGCUUCCGGCCAAAAUCCCAAAAAAAAGCCCGGGAACGAAUCCCGGAAUUUUUGGGAUCGAGGAAAAGCGAGAGGGAAAGGAGGACGAGGGAGAGAGGCCGGAAUUGCGGGACGGAGCUGGGAAGGAGAAGGACGGCUCGGAAGGAAUGGAGGGAAAGAAGGAAACGGCCGGAGCUCGGCGCGCGCGGGCCCCUCCCGGGAAUUUCGUGCGCCUCAACCUGAAGAGAAAAAUUUAUUCCCGCGGAUUCCAGAGGGGAAAAUUCCUCCGGAAGCAGGUUUGGAAGCAAAAAUGGAGGAAAAAAUUUGGGAGUGGAGGAGAUCGGUGCUUCCAGUGUGGAGGGAAAGGGCACUGGGCCUCGGAAUGCACAGGAAAAGAUUUGGGGUCAUUCCCAGAAAAAAUUCCAGAGGAGGAGCAGGAGGAGCUUCCCACUGUGGAUGAAAUAUCCCGAAAAACCAGCGGAGUUUUUAUCCCGGAGAUUCCCGGCCUUGAAUCCCAACCCGACAAUUCCCGGGAUUUCCUUCAGCCGGAAUUUCCCCCUCCCCCCCCUGCCGUGGAACCCCUUUACUCCCCGAACCCCGACGGGACCAUCCCAGAUCCGCCGGAAGAAGUUCUGCGAGCGCUCCGUUCCUUCGGUCACUUCCGCUUCCGGCCGGGCCAGGCCGAGGCCGUCAUGAGGAUCCUUUCCGGAAUCUCCACUCUGGUGGUGUUACCUUCUGGCAUGGGCAAAUCCCUUUGUUACCAACUUCCUGCUCUUCUGUACCACCAAAAUUCCAGCAGCAUCUGCCUGGUGAUUUCCCCUCUCAUUUCCCUCAUGGAAGAUCAGAUUUCCAAUCUCCCUUCACCCCUCAAAGCCGUUUGUAUCCACUCCAACCUCUCCAAUCCCAACGAGAAUCUGCCUUGAGAAAAGUGAGUGAAAAUCCCAAUUUUUCCUCUUUUCAACGUGCCAAAUAAAUCCCCAAUAAAUCCAAAAAAAAAAAAAAAAAAAAUCCUCAUUUUUUUUUUUUUUAAAUUUUUUUUCUCUUAGAUCAAGAACGGCCAAGCUCAUUUAUUUCUUUCUCCAGAAUUUCUUGUGGCAUCUGAAAUUUUUCCCCGUUUUUCCAGGAUUUUCCUCCCUUGCUUUGCCUGUGUGGAUGAAGCUCAGUGCAUUUCCCAAUGGUCCCACAACUUCCGGCCCGCUUAUCUCCACAUCUGCAAGAUCCUCCGGGAACGUUUCGGCGUCCGCUGUUUCCUGGGGCUGGCGGGGGCGGCGGCGCCGGCGACGGCUCGCGACGCCCGGCUCCGUUUGGGGAUCGCGCCGCGGGACGGCGCCGUCGGAGCCUUCGCCGUUCCCGACAAUCUGCUCCUGUCGGUUUCCUCCGACGCCGACCCCGACGGGGCGCUGCUGGAGCUGCUCCGUAAUUGGAAUUCUGGGAAUUCUGGGAAUUCCGUGAUCGUUUAUUGCACGCGGCGGGAGGAGAGCGAGCGGCUGGCGGCGCUGAUCCGACGGGAAUUCCCGGAAUUCCCAGAAAAAUCGCGGAAAAAUCCAGGGGAAGGGAAGGGCGGCGGAUUCGGGAGCUGCGCCGCUUUCCACGCCGGGCUCGGCUUCUCCGAACGACGGCGAAUCCUGCGGGAAUUCCGGGAGAACGACGUCGGGAUCGUCUGCGCCGCCGUUUCGCCGUGCGCGGCUUGGGGCGAACGCGACGUCUCGGCCGUCGUGCACCGCGGCGUUCCCGGGAAUGUCGAGAGUUACGUGCGGGGAAUCGGCGCGGCCGGCAGGGACGGGGGCGCGGCUCGGUGUCACCUGUUCCUGCGGCACCAGGAUCUCCUGGAAUUACGGCGCCGCAUCCAUGAAAAUUCCGUGGAUUUUUUGACCGUCAAAACUUUGAUCCAAAGAGUUUUUGCUCCUUGUAAAUGCCUGGAAAAUCACGGAAAAAACCAGGAAAAAUCCCAGGAAAUCCCGGAAUUCCCAAAAAAUUCCCGGAUCUGCCGCGGCCACGAGCGCUCGAUCCCAGUGCAGGAAUUGGUGGAAACUUUGGAUCUUCGGGAAGAAGGAAUCGAGACCCUCCUGAGCCUCCUGGAGCUGCAGCCCCAGAAAUUCCUGGAGCUUUUCCCUCCGGUUCAUUCCCGCUGCCGGAUCCGAUUUCCCGGGAAUUCCACGGAAUCGCUCCGGGAAGCGGCGCUGAGGUGCCCCCCCUUGGGAUUUUUCCUGGCUCGGAAUCCUUUGGGAAAUUUGGGAAUUUCGGGAUCGCUGGAAUUCGACGCCGUGGCCCUGAGUGAUUCCAUGGGCUGGGAAUUCCAGAGGGUCCGGGAAAGCCUCAGGAGGAUCCCGGGGGAAUCACGGAAAGCAGGAAAAAUCUCCCGGAUCCGGGUGGAAUUCCUGGAAUUUUCCUUCCACUUCCGCGCCUACGGAGACCUGGAUUCCCGGGAGUUGGAUUCCAGCUGGGAAUUCCUGAAUUCCCAAGUGAUUUCCCGGGAAAAAUCGGAGCUGCGGAGGCUCCAGCGCUGCUUCCGCAUUUUCCAGAGCGUGGCGUUCCCGAGCUGCGUUCCGGAGCCUGCGGAGCAGGAGCUGCUGGAGAGGAAUUCCCGACUCCGGGAGCUGCUCCGGGAAUAUUUCCAGUCGGAAUCCGAGGAAGAAGAGGAGGAAGAAAAUCCGGGAAUUGAUCCCGAUCAGGAAGAAGAAAUCCGAGCCGAGAUCCGGAAUUUUCUCUCCGCGUAUCCCAACGAGAAAUUUUCGGGAAGAGCCGUGGCCCGGAUUUUCUAUGGAAUUGGAUCUCCGAGAUUCCCGGCGCGGAUUUUCGGGAGAGAUCGGCGCUUCUGGAGGAGGCUCCUCCCUGUGGAAUUCCGGAGCCUUUCCCGUUUGGCUUCCCAGGAAAUCCUGGAGUUCCGGUGACGGCAAAAGAGGGAAAACGUCGGGAAAAAACCUCGGGAAUUUCACCGGGAAAUCUGGGGGAUUUAUCGGGAUUUUAUUGGGAAUUUAUUGGGAAUUUAUCGGGGAUUUAUCGGGAAAUUAUUGGGAUUUUAUUGGGAAUUUAUUGGGAAUUUUUGGGGAAUUUAUUGGGAAUUUUUGGGGAAUUUAUUGGGAAUUUAUCGGGAAUUUAUCGGGAAUUUUUGGGGAAUUUAUCGGGAAUUUUUGGGGAAUUUAUCGGGAAUUAAUCAGGAAUUUAUUGGGAAUUUUUGGGGAAUUUAUUGGGAUUUAAUUGGGGAUUUAUCCAGAAUUUAUUGGGAUUCUAUUGGGAAUUUAUCAGGAUUUAAUUGGGAAUUUAUUUGGAAUUUAUUGGGAAUUUUUGGGGAAUUUAUUGGGAAUUUAUCAGGAAUUUUUUGGAUUUUAUUGGGAAUUUAUCGGGAAUUUAUUGGGAAUUUAUUGGGAAUUUUUGGGGAAUUUAUUGGGAAUUUUUGGGGAAUUUAUUGGGAAUUUAUCAGGCAUUUAUUGGGAAUUUAUCGGGAAUUUAUUGGGAUUUAACGGGAAUUUAUCCGGAAUUUAUUGGGAAUUUUUGGGGAAUUUUUGGGGAAUUUAUUGGGAAUUUAUCAGGAAUUUAUUGGGAAUUUAUCGGGAAUUUAUUGGGAUUUUAUUGGGAAUUUAUCGGGAUUUAAUUGGGAAUUUAUUGGGAAUUUAUUGGGAAUUUUUGGGGAAUUUAUUGGGAUUUUAUCGGGGAUUUAUCCGGAAUUUAUUG